CAUGAACUAAAGGUGGCCGAAGCCGAAAAGGGCGCGUGUCGUGGCCGAAAAGGCGCAUGUUAAAGCCGGACCGAAUUCCUUGCUCCCGUCCAAGUCAGGACAGCCCGUCAGGUUCAUAUGCUCUUGUUCACGACUCGUCCCUUGACGCAUCGUUCCGCACUCGGGCUCCUUGACUCUCUGCCACAACCAUUAUCAUAGAGUUACCGAGACUUCCCCGGUCCGCGAGGAGAGCCAACUUGUCACACAUUGUUUACUUAAAGCCCCGAUAAGAGGAAGAAGCAAUGUCACCAGCCAGAGUCACGCUGAUCCCCUGGGACCCAGAGGCUGCAGACCAUGUCACGCGGAUGGUGGACCAGAGGAUAGCAUGCGGCUGGGACGAUGACCUGGUUCCCGCAUGGCAGGGUGGGCAGCGCUCGGGAUACAAAUGCAUCUAUUGGAUCACAAUCACAAGUGAAGACCCAGAGCGUGAUGCAAAGAUCGCCAAGCACGUCUCCGAAUACCCAAAGGAGACGGAGCCGAUUGUCGACACCGCGCAAUCCAUCUACGCCGUCUCCAGGACCGCCACCGGCACGCCGUUCCACCCCGUCGGCCACAUCUCGCUCGACUUCGGCAACCCGCGCGCCGAACCUCUCGGCCUCCCGAUCCCCAAGGAGCACGUGUUCUGGAUCAAGAGCCUCUACGUCUCGGACGCCAUCCAGGGCUCGGGGAUCGGCAGGGCGGCGAUGGACAUGGCGGAGUCUAUGGCCGCCGGCACUCCGCUCUGCGCCAAGACGCUGAUGCUGGAUACCGUCUCGAAGGAGGACCAGCUCCGGAAGGAGUCCGCCGUGGUGCACCAUGGGAAGCUUCCCGCUUCGCCCACCCAAGCGUGGUAUGAGAGGAGAGGGUACAAGCUCGUCCGGACAGUCGACAACUUCUACGGGUAUCCAGAGACGGACCCUGACGGCAACCCGGUGGUGAGGAGAACCGUGUUUUUGCGCAAAGACCUCGUCUAGUAUUCAGAAAAGGAUAGGAAAGAAUGAAUUAUCUGCUUGGCGCAUUUGGCUCAUUCAGCCCGUUCAAGGUUAUCGUGUCAUCGUGUUAGCUUUGUCGACUGAUACUAAGUUUCCAUCCUGCAGGGUACAUUACACAGCCAUCAUGUCGUUCUG